AUGCGACGACAACUAUUGGUUUUAUUGCUGGGUUUCGCGAUUAUUGACGCAGCGCUAAUCCCGCCGAUCGAUGCGACCACCAAAAAACCGUUGAAGACGACACCGACAUCCGAUGAGCUCACCACCGCGACGCCUCCGUCGAUCGCUGGCGUCGUCGACGUGAAAACGACAACGCCGGCCGAAAAAUCGGCGGCUGUCAAGUCGAUAUCGAGCCCAGUUUCGACACUUGCACGAAUCGCGAUGUUUAAGCUAUUAUUGAUUGGCGCGCUUGCGACGACGCUGAUCGACGCCAACCGCGGAAUGUCGAAGCCCGGCGAGCCGUUGGCGACCGGAUUGAUACCGAUGCUCACCGACGCCACCAACGUGCCGCUCGACGAGAAAUCGAUUGAGGUGCCGUUGUACGACGAGGCCGACUUCAAGAAUGUCGUUGCGUCGGCGCACGAGAUCGCCGACAAUCGCAAUCAUCCGGAGCGGAUAGCGGGACUCGGCGAGCACGUCGACACGCCGGCCGAUCAGAUCGCCGAGAUUCUCGGCACCGUCGCGGCGACCACCGCGAACGCGAUGCUGUCCGCAGCAAACGACACCGAUAUCGAGGCGGCGAUUGUAUAA